AUGGGCGAUAUCAUCGAUUCCGGAGCUUCUUACAAGCUCUUCACUCCUCUUGACAUUGGAAAUGGCAAAGUCCAUCUCAAGCACCGCAUUAUCCAUGCACCUCUGACUAGAAAUCGGGGAACUCCGGUGAACCCUGAUUCUACCCCCGAGAAACCCAAUCGGCUCUGGAUUCCCAAUGACCUGAUGGUCGAAUACUAUUCUCAACGAGCAACCGAUGGUGGUCUCAUCAUUUCUGAGGGCCUCCCCCCUUCACUUGAAGGCAAUGGAAUGCCAGGUGUUCCAGGCAUUUUCCUCCCCGAACAGGUAGAAGGCUGGAAGAAGGUCGUUUCUGCUGUCCAUUCGAAAGGAGGCUAUAUGUAUGCCCAAUUGUGGCACUCCGGUCGCGCCAACAUCCCCCAAUUGACGGGAACUCCUAUUUUGGCUCCCUCUGCCACACCAUGGGAUGACCCCAACGAGACCUUUGCAUACCCCCCACCCCACAGCACCACACCUGUAAAGAUGGCGGACUACCCACCUAUCGAGAUGACCGUGGAAAAGAUAAAGAGCACCAUCGGUGACUACGUCAAUGCAGCCAAGAAUGCUAUCGAAGCUGGUUUUGACGGUGUUGAAGUCCACGGUGGAAACGGAUACCUCGUCGAGCAAUUUCUCUCCUCAAACAUCAACAAACGGACUGAUCACUACGGCGGCACCGAGGAGAAGAGAUCUAACUUUGCACUUGAGCUUAUGGAGGAACUAGCCAAGGCAAUUGGCCAAGAAAACUUGGCUAUUCGCCUCACCCCUUUCGGUCUGUUUAAUCAGGCUCGUGGCGAGAAGCGCGUUGAAACAUGGAGCCACCUCUGCCGCGAACUGAAAUCCCGCUUACCGAAGCUUUCAUAUGUUAGUUUUGUUGAGCCAAGAUAUGAGCAGAUCUUCUCGAAGGCAGAGAAGCAGAAGUUCCUAGGAUCUUGGGGGUUGCCUACUGUCGAUCUGUCGCUGUUCCGUUCCAUCUUUGGCAAUACGCCAUUCUUUUCCGCUGGCGGAUUCAAUGAUGUUAACUCAUGGGGUGUUGUCGAGAGUGGGAAAUAUGAUGGUCUGUUGUAUGGAAGGUAUUUUAUCAGUAACCCUGACUUGGUAGAGAGAUUGAGGAAUGGAUGGCCGCUGCAGGCGUAUGAUAGAAAGACAUUUUAUGGACCUUUUGAAGAUAACGAUGUUGGAUAUACAGAUUAUUCUUUUUACAAAAGGGAGUAG